AUGUAGAUUAGAUGUACCUAAGCUGAUCAUCGAAAUCAAUAAAUAAUUGGAUUUUGCAUAGAUAGCACAUGCCCAAAUUAGAGGCCUUAUUGUCACUAUUGCUUGCCUCAACAUGGUCAACAUCUUGACAAAUUAACAUAUUUUGAACUUUUUCAUGAAUGGAUUUAGAAAAGAAUCAUUAAUGCUUAAAAUGUAUAAAAGAAUGUUUAAGAGUGUAAAUUAUCUCUUGAUUAUCUUCUAAAUUAGUUGAUUCCUUAUUUGAACUUUAAUAUAUAAUAAUUCUAAGAAAUAGGAAUUUCAAAGAUAGAUAACAUGAUAAAGGGCUUAUGUUAAUUGGAAGGUUGUGAGGAAAUAUUAUUUAAACAACUUAAAUAAUUUAUCGAAUAAAUCAAAUAGAUUAUUGAUUAAAUAUUAAAAAACAUAAAGAAUUAAGCAAAUUAAAAGGUAAAGUGUAAUUAGUAAUUUCAAAAAUUUGACUUAAAGCAAUCAAUAUUAGAAUAGCCAUAAAACGAAAGUACCUUUAAAGCAAAUUCAAACCAAUUUACCUUUGAGCUUAUGAAAUAAAACUCAAUUAAGGUUGAUAAUUACUGUAAUGCUUUUGCAUUUAAUAAAGAUUAAUCUAUUGUUUUAGCUGGAUAUAGUAAGGAUAUUAAAGUAUUUGAAAAUCAAUAAGGAAAAUUGAAUCAAGUUUAAUUGUUGAGUAAGCAUACAUAUGAUGUGCUUACUUUAAAUUUUAUGAAAAAGACAAAUAAUUUUGUAUCUGGAAGUAGAGACCAAUCAAUUAUAAUAUGGUAGGUGAUUGGAAAUAAUUAAUGGAAUUGUUAAUAAAUAUUAAAUGGACAUUCUUAUGCUAUAUUUUGUUUAUUGUUAAAUAAUACUGAUGAUUUAAUAAUAUCAGGUAGUGUAGAUAAAAAAAUCAAAUUUUGGAUGAAAUAGAAUUAAUGGAUAUGUUAAUAAACCAUAAGUCAUCAUACUGAUUGUAUAUAUUCAUUAAGUUUAAAUGAAUAAUAAAAUAAAUUGAUAUCUUGUUCUUUGGAUUCAUAAAUAUUAAUAAUAGAAUAGUCUAAGUUGGAUAAAUAGUGGAUUGUAACAUAAAAGAUAAAAGUUGAUUAAUAUGGAUGUAGAUUAUGUUUUAUUAAUGAUAACUUAUUUACAUUCUAACCUUUUUGUAAAGAUUAAAUGUAUAUAUAUGAGAUGGAUACUAAUAAUAAAUAGUAUAAUAAGAUUAAGGAAAUUGAAUUAAAGUGUGAUUCAUGUGAUUGUGAUUGUUUAUUUCCAUAAUAAUACAUAAAGUCAAAAUGCCUACUUGUGAAUAAGAAUGGCAACAAUUUGAAUUUAAUGAGAAAGUAACAAAAUGGUGACUUUAUUAUUUAAUAAUCUAUUGAAUUUGGUAGUCAUGCUCUUUAUGGAUAAUUAAGUGAUGAUGGAGAGUAUUUGAUCACUUGGGAUAAGGGAUCAAAGGAAAUCUAAAUAAGAAAGUGUAAGGAUUAAUGA